UUUGAUCUGGACAAAGAUUCGGAGAAUGUGGCAAUUGGUACUUCACCCGGCUACAUUAAAGCAGCUUUCUAUCUCUCGAAUGCAAUAAACCAAACAGCUAAUCCUUGCAGUGAUUUUUUUGCAUAUGCUUGUGGACGCUGGAUCUCAGACCAUCCCAUUCCAAGCGAUCUCGCUACAUAUGGGGUUUUUGCAUCGAUCCGCGAAAAAGUGGCGCGAGAGAUGAAAGAGCUCUACGAAGCGAAGAAAGUGACAGGAUCGAAAGCAAUGGAUAGCGUCAAGACGAUAUUCGAGGCUUGCAUGGCAGCGGGCGGGAAGAGAAAUUUGUUAGGGCGUCAAAUUGUUGAAGCUGUUGAGUUUCUUGGCUAUUGGCCGGUUAUACACGGAUCUAGAUGGUCAGAGAAAAAAUUCGAGCUCACGGAACUGAUGAUUCGAGUAGCUCAGUCGCGAUAUGUGGACACCUUAAUCAGUGUUUAUGCAUCCCCUGAUCAGAAAAAUGUAUCAAGGCGCUUAAUUCAUAUUGAUCAGGGAAGUCUUGGCCUUGGAGCAGGUGCGCAGAAAUACUACUUGGACGAAAAGCGCUAUGAAAAACAGUUGAAGGCUUACAAAAAAUAUAUUACUGAUAUGGUGAUUUAUCAAAUUUCUGACGUUUUUGGCAUGUAUGGUUAG